GGGGGGAUGGCGGGAGCACAAAUCGCCGGCGUGACUCCCCGCGUUGGCUGAGGUCGCUGGCACUGAUUGGCUUAAGUAUUUCUAGGCAAUGUGUUCCACCAAUCCGCGCCUUGUGAAGCGGAAAAGUGGGGAGAGGAGAGGUGAACAUAAUACAGUGGAUUUCGUGACUCCUGCGGCAGUCAGGCUCCUGUCUCCAAGCGGCGGUGUCUGAGCGGCGGCACUAGGCAUGGCGACACACGCCCAGCCCGCGUGCCUCAAGGUGCUCAUGAGAGAGGUGUACACGCUCGCCUACAUCUCCGGCACGCCCGGCAACUACCAGUUCAGCGGCCCCAUCGUGAUCAUCCUGGAGAUCCUCAGGGACCACCUCGGCGUCUGUUUAGACUUCGUCGUAACAGAAGAGCAAGUGUACGGCGUCUCCUUGCGCAACGGCUCCUGGACUGGAAUGAUGGGCAUGGUGCAGCGACACGAGGUGGAUUUCAGUGGCAUUGUGUUCACGAUGAAUUACGACUCGCUGAAGGCUGUGGAAUUCAGCGAGUCGAUCGACACAGACGAGAUGACGGCAAUGUACAUCCGACCCCGCGUGUCGCCCAACAUGAUGGGCUUCGUCAUGCCCUACACCGCCUCGGUGUGGUUGUUCGUGAUGGCGGCGUGUGUGGUGCUGAUCGGAGUCAUCAUGGUCACUGUCAGGUUUCAAAGGAAGUUUAGCUCGACUCAUCUACCUCACCACUCAUCUGAGCCAACCACUCGGCGGAGCGUUGGCUCAUCUGACAUGAUCCCGGAGCAAAGCAAGACCAGACGACUGCCCUCAGGUGCCGCGGCGCCGGACGGUGAUGUCUCGAUCUCUUCAGGGGAAGAGGACAAAGCAGUGUUGACAGGAGCGGACAGAGACUGGCUUUGGAGUCUUGAAAAGUCUCUUCUGUGGACGUGGUCAACACUGAUAGCUCACAGCGUGCCGUGGCAGCCCGUGGGGGGCCUGGUGCGUUGCGUGACGGCCAUGUGGCUCCUGGCUGCCUUCAUCCUGGGUAACGUGUAUCGCUCCAACCUGAAGGCCAUGCUCACCAUCCCCAGGAUCAACAUUCCCUUCGACAGCGUGGACGAGCUGGCGGACUCCGACGUACCCACCGCCAUUCUCAGAGGUUCCAAGAUCCACCGGCAGAUACUGUAUCCUGAGGCUGAAGGAGUGCGGCCUGCUGGCGAAGAUAAUGACCAAGGGCUAUGUGAACGCCACGGAGUGCCUUAAGCCACUCACCUCGAUGGUCGCUCCCUCACACCGACCGCUGCAGCUUCUGGACUUCUACGGCAUCUUUGCUGUCUAUGUUGCUGGAGUGACUUUGGCUGCCAUGGCAUUCCUGUGGGAGAUGACCAGGGGCUGCGGCGGGACGAGGCGCGGCGCAGCGGAGCCAGGCCUUUGGGCACCGAGUCUGCCAGCCCGCAGGAUCAUAUCGCUACCCCGACUUGCCUGA